AUGUCCCGGAUGAGCCUGAGAUUGGCCGUGUGGGUUUUCCGCCUCUAUUUUGCCUGGCCUUCACAAGAUAUGGACCGUGCCGCCAAAUCUCUGUACCGGCUCAAGGGGUUGAUAUUUCGCAUCCUGGUAAUCUAUCUCAGCGUAGCGACCCAGACUGUCUAUGUCUUCACCGUGACCAACCAGGAGGAGCUGCUCGCUUCACUGUGUCUGUUGUUGACGCAGGUGGUUAUGAUAUUUAAAAUGGAAUUUUUCUACAGAAAAAGUGCCGAAAUUCAGCGCAUUGUGUACCAAUUUCAGGACGACCAGUACGUGCCACGGAACGAAGAAGAAGCUCAGCCGUUGAAGCUUGUCCGCAAAUCGUCCACCAUCAUAUGGUUAGUCUAUUUGCUAACAUCCGAUGGAUUGAUCGUUGCCUGGACCAUUGCUGCCAGCCUCCUCGGUGAAAUUGUAUUUCCGGCAUGGUAUCCAUUCGAUUACAAAUCCUCGAACGGGUUGUAUUUGUUGACACUGGUCUCUCAGUGCGUUGCUGUCAUUUGCAGUGCCUUGUUCAAUGUUUCGUGCGAUUCUCUGUUUGCCCUGCUGUUAGGGCUAACUGAUGCACACUUGCGACGUCUAGUAAUACAGCUGGAAAAGGUUGGUCACCGGCAAACUACUGAGGUACCAGUAACGUGGCGGGCACGUGACGUGAACCAGCGAAUGGAAAGUUUCUCCAACCAAUCAUCCACUGAGUCCUACGAGGAGCUUCUGCAGUGUAUCGUCUUUCACCAGAACGUUACUGGGACCUUAAAGGAUAUCCUGAACUUGUUUGGCACGCCAGUUCUCCUGCAGCUGUUCUGCUCCGUUUUCAUACUUUGUAUUACCGGACUGCACCUUGUUGCCGAUGAGCACACCAUUGAAGAGUUCAUAUUUGUUAUGCUCUAUUUACUCUGCUUGAUUACACAAGUCUUCUCGCAUUGUUAUUUUGGCAACGAAAUAACCUAUACGUCUAAACGGGUGCACCAGGCUACGUCUUUCGUUAACUAUCCCGACAUGGACAUCCGAACCCGAAAGCUUCUGAUUAUGUUUCAAAACCGCACCGUUACGGAGCUGAAAUGUUUUGCCAAGGCGGUCCUUCACAUAGAGCUCAGCAUGGCCACAUUCGUUACGAUUAUCAAAUCAUCCUACUCGUUCCUGACCGUCCUGCAGUCGAUGACGGAAUGA